UAAAAUGCACUUCCCAACUCACUUUCUUUAAACCAGUCUGUGGAGUUUGCUUCUCUUUGAGGGAAGUUAACUUUUCAAAGUUGAUUUCCUACGUUUAAACCUUUCAUUUUUUACGCAUUCUUUAUUUGGCACAGAUCUGUAGAGUUGGGAUGUUUAUUUGCCUUUUUUGGUUGUGUUGGUCCUGAUUUUUUUCCUUUGAGAAUUCACCGGCUUACAUUGUUUUGGAAAAGAAAACAUAAGUGACAGUCGGGAAUUUGGAUUUUUGGUUUUGAGUUUUGAGCUUUUCAGGGUCGGGUUCAGAUGUGGAGUUAACAUCUUCUUGUGUCGUCUGGAGGGGACUACAUCUUGUCAUCUUCAGGAUGGGACUAAUGUCUGGGGUGCUGGUUCUCCUGGGAACAUUAGGAGCUGUAUUAGCACAGAAUGGCAUUCAUUUCACAAUGGACCCAGCCAACAUUACCUCCUCUCUUGGGAAGGACAUUGUGCUGCGGUGCACUGUUACAGUCAGUGGGGAUGCAGAGGUCCCAGACGUGGAGUGGUUGAGAGAUGAAGAACCUUUGGCCUAUGCUGAUAUCAAUCAGAUCCAGAUGCCACAAGAUGAUGAUACAUGGUUGGCCAUCAGUGAACUUAGCAUUCAUUCACUACAGUUGUCUGACUCUGGCUUGUAUCAAUGCGUGGUCGAGGGCGAGGACGAGAAAAUCUUUUCAGAGUCAGCGUUUCUGCUACUAGAAGGUCUGCCCAUCUUCAUCGAUGAACCAGAGGACAUGCAUGUCUACCCCAAUGUGCAAUUUAACCUCAGCUGUGAUGCUCAUGGUCCUCCUGGUCCUGUGGUGGUGAUAUGGCUACAAGAUGGUUUACCCCUGAACUCCCUCGUAGAUGAACUAGCUUCGACGCCUUCAGUGCUUCAAGUCAAAGGUCUUAAUAAAUCCUCUUUGUUCUCCUGUGAAGCUCAUAAUGGAAAAGGUGUUACUACAUCCAGGACCGCAACUAUUAAAGUUCUACCCAGGAGGCCAAAAGAUUUGACGCUGGUGACUCGGAGUACCACUCAACUGGAGAUAUCCUGGCAGCCUGGAGACAGCGGUGCUCACCCAGUGUAUGUGUGUACAGUGCAGGCUACUGCUCCUCAUAGCCACCUCAGUACCACUCCUCACCAUAAGAUCUACAACCAGAACAUCAAUGUGCCCCCUUAUACUCAUAUCAUCAGUGACCUUGCUCCCUACUCUGUUUACAAUGUGCGUGUGUCCUGCCUGAACCACGAGGGGGUAUCCCACUGGACAGAAUGGGUCCCAAUGGAAACCUUGGAAGGAGUUCCGUCUGGUCCCCCUCAAAAUGUCACUGCGAUUAGGAACGAGACUCUUAUUAUAAUCACAUGGAGAGAACCAAGAGCGCCACUGAAUGGUGUAUUACAGGGUUACAAACUAGCUUAUCAAGCUAAGGACCAACCAGAGGUUGUGGUAGAUGCUGGCCUGACCAAUGAGGUGAUGAUGGAUAUGUUGCAGCCUGUGGACAAUCUGACUGUUAGGAUCUCCUCUUACACAGUCUCCGGAGAUGGUCCUUGGAGUGAUCCAGUUGUUGCUAUACUCAGUAACUAUGAGUCUCCGCAAGCUGUCAGAGACAUGGCAUCAUCUAUUUUCUCCUGGCAUUGGUGGUAUGUAAUGCUGGUGGUUGCUGUGGCAGUUUUCGGAGCCAUCGUAGGUGCUAUUUUCCUCGCCCAUGUCCGAAAGAAGGAGACAAGAUAUGGGGAGGCCUUUGAACCAACCAUGGAGCAAGGAGAACUGGUGGUCCGGUACAGAGUACGGAAGUCUUAUAGCAGAAGAACCACAGAAGCCACCUUGAACAGACUGGGCAUUAGUGAUGAUCUUAAAGAGAAACUUCGAGAUGUUAUGGUGGAUCGACACAAACUUACACUCGGCAAGACCCUUGGAGAAGGAGAGUUUGGCUCUGUCAUGGAGGGUCAGUUAAAUCAAGACGACUAUAUCCUUAAGGUCGCUGUGAAGACCAUGAAGAUUGCCAUCUGCACCCGCACCGAGAUGGAAGAUUUCCUGAGUGAGGCUGUGUGCAUGAAGGAGUUUGAUCAUCCCAACGUCAUGCGUCUCAUCGGAGUUUGUCUUCAGAAUACAGAAAAUGAAGGCUACCCAUCCCCUGUUGUUAUUUUGCCAUUCAUGAAACAUGGAGAUCUCCACAGCUUCCUUUUGUAUUCACGACUUGGAGAUGCCCCCCUGUUCCUCCCAACACAGAUGCUGGUGAAGUUCAUGACGGAUAUAGCUAGCGGCAUGGAGUAUCUAAGCAGCAAGAACUUCAUCCACAGAGAUCUGGCAGCCCGGAACUGCAUGUUAAAUGAGAACAUGAACGUCUGCGUGGCGGACUUUGGUCUGUCCAAGAAAAUCUACAAUGGAGAUUAUUAUAGGCAAGGUCGCAUUGCCAAGAUGCCAGUCAAGUGGAUUGCAAUUGAAAGUCUUGCUGACCGCGUGUACACCACCAAGAGCGAUGUGUGGUCUUUUGGAGUCACCAUGUGGGAAAUUGCAACACGGGGCCAAACGCCAUAUCCUGGGGUGGAAAACAGUGAAAUCUAUGACUACUUGAGACAAGGGAAUCGGCUAAAACAGCCACCAGAUUGUCUGGAUGGAUUGUAUGAGUUGAUGGCUAGUUGUUGGCAGCUAAAUUCCAAGGAUCGGCCAACUUUUGAAACCCUCCAUAGAGAACUGGAGAAAAUUCUUAAGAAUUUACCUCCAGCCAAAGACCCUGAAGAAAUUCUCUAUGUCAACAUGGAAAAGCCCCUUUCCUCUUCUUUAAGUGAUGAUGGGGAACUUGGAGCUGUGGGUGGUUUGGAUACCAAGGAUUUUGGUGAUGACCUAUUCUUAAAAGCCACUUCUGUCACAGCCGAGGUUCAUCAGCCCGAGAACACCAACCGCUACGUGAUGUGUCCCAGUCGUGAAGCCACAAGACUCCUCACAAAUGUAUCCACAGAACAUGCACGUUACAGUUCUGCUUUAGAGGAAGGAACUUUGGAAGAGCUCUUAGCUGGACAAGGGUCCAGAUAAUAAGCACACAAUACAUGUCUCUUAAAGAGUUUUCCAAGAGUCUUGCCUUAGAUGAAAUACUACCUUCUUAAAGAACUCUUCUGGGCAUUCCUUUUCUACAGUAUACUAAGGCAAUGCCCAAACAAAACAUUUUCUUGGUCUUCCACCUUUCCAAUACUUCCAGUGGCAAUGACCAAAAACUGGUUAAAAGAAGAUGAUACCUGAGGUUUUCAGGCAACUUUUGAAGAAUGGAUAGACAGUCAUGACAGAACAACCUUGACAAUGGUUUCACAAGCCAUUUAUAUUAUUGUACAAUUGACUAUGUAAAAAUUUGUAAAGAAACUCAGAGAAUCCCAAUAAUACAUGAAUUCAACAUACGAUGAAAUAUUAGUGGGUUGAGAGGGAGGAUUUACACUUCUAAAGAUGUUCCAGGGCACAAAUAAUGCAUAAAGUCAUUUUCUCGUGCUUGAUGGUUUCACCACUUUCUCUAAAAUCGACUGUUCCAUGCUAUAGUCAGAGGGAAAUUGAAUGAACGAAUGAUUACAUGGACAAAAAUAUUUCUUGAUUUUGUAUUUUUAAGAAUUACAAGAGUGUGGAAGAGUCAGACCACACUUAUUUACAGUAUUUGUUCUCCAUGUAUCUAUCUACUAUCAUGGGUGAUAAUAUGCAGAACAUAAGGGUAAUGUGUAUAUUUUUCCAUGUAGCUAUCAGUUUUUACUUUGCUUCUGUAGAACCACUAAUGUUUAUGGGCAGAUGAGUGGUUUUAGGUAGCCCUAAAGGGUUGCCCUGUGGACUAUAUCUAUAAAUGGACAGCAAGCAGGGAACCAGGGAAUCCCAAAUGAAAUCUCACAACUGGUUGGUUACAGUCUACCACACCAUGGCAUUGAGUAAAGGAUCACCUGUGUAGUGCAAACAGAGUUAUAUUUGUGGUCUUUGUCGUACCGCUUCUCAGCCAAUGCUCAAGGGAUGGGUGUGAACCUGCGCCGCCUGAGAACUGUCCUCCGCCCAUCUAAUAGAGAUAUGGAUAGGUCAUCAGUAUGCUGAUGCUGGAAACCCACUUUGAAGGGGCUGCGCUUCAAUAUGACACACAACUUGUAGACAGGCGUAGCACUGUUUUUGGAAAAAGCAUCCAUGUUUCUCUAAUCAAUCACAACCGCUUUAACAUCUAACAUCUCAUAUAGUCUUAUCUGUGUCAUCUUUCCUCAAGGUACCAGGACAAAGUCACAAAAUUGGAGUAAAUGCAAAACAUUACUUAUUCCCUUAAUUCCAUCCUUGAAAAUCUACUGACUUUCCUUAAGGAGACCAACUGUGUAUCGAGACUUACUGGCAAUGCUUCAUGGGAAUUUUUUAUUUUUUUUGCAAAGAGGUAUCUCCCAGAGAAAGACAACCAUCUCACUAGUGCCACCUUUUGUGGCUCCCUGUGUCAAAGUCCAAGAUUUUAACCAGCUUUGGAACUUGACACAAGAAAAUAGGACAAAUGGCUUGGCUAUUUUCCCUCGUCAUGUUCCUAGGCUUGUUAAAAAGAUAAGACUUUGACUCACAGGGAGCUACUAUCAAAAUGUGGCACUAAUGGGAUGGUACUUUUUUCUGGGAGAUACCUCUUUGUAUGUCAUUUUACAAUGAUAAGUGAAAACAGAUGAACAUUGCCAAUAGGCCAACAAGUGAAAUCCCUUUUGCAGGUUCUCAUAACUGAUAUAUAAAACAAUAAAAGUUAAGAUACUUUAAUAUAGAUCUCUAGUUCAGCCUCUGUUAUCUUAUACAAGGAAAGUAUGGUUCCUACGAGUUGACGGAUUCCUAGGGAUUAAUGUUAGCGGCUUUAAACACCUUUGCACCGACCCUGUAUGGCAGGACACAGAGUUUGCUUACCCACAUACCAUGUUUCAUUGUUACCAGUGUCUUUUUAUGUGGUAGAGAGGCCUUUGUGUCCACUUAGGCACCAAGAUCCAGGUUUGACUGCGACCUCUGUACCUCCUUUAGGGGACUUUCACACUAGCGUUUUUCUUUUCCGGCACUGAGUUCCGUCCUAGGGGCUCAAUACUGGAAAAGAACUGAUCAGUCUUAUCCCCAUACAUUAUGAACGGAGAGAAAUCCAUUCAGGAUGCAUCAGGAUGUCUUCAGUUCUGUCACUGAACGGCGUUUUGGACGGAGGAAAUACUGCAGCAUGCUGCGGUAUUAUCUCCGUCCAAAAUUCCGGAUC